AUGGAAACCGCUUUAGACAAAUACAGACGAAAAGCUGAAGAAAGUGGUGAUCUACGACGACAUAUUAAAGCUCUUGAAGAACAAAAUACAAGUUUAUUGGAACGCAGUCAUCAAGUAGAGGACGAAUAUCGCAAAGUAUUGGCUUUCAAAACAUUGAUGGAUUCUUACAAGGAACAAGUACAACAAUUGGAAUCAAACAAUUUAGAAAUCUUGAAGGAAAAAAAUAGAUUGGAUGCUCAAGUUGCCUCUCUUGCUGAACAGUGUACUUAUUUGGAAAAUGAACGAGAUCGAAAUGCUGAACAAGUACAAAUGUUGGAGGAUCAUAUCAAAGAAUUGGAAUUGGUUGGGACUGGAACAACUCUUGACAAGGUGGUUAGUCAUCAAGGUAGUGUCGAUAUUGAUGAUGAUGAUGAUCUUGGUCCUACUGGUGAACAUCAAGGUGAAUCUAUGGAUCUAGAUCAACGAAAUAAUAUGGAAGAAAAUAUGAAGAAGACCAAUGAACAUGAAGUUAUUGUAGCUGAACGAGAUCAACUUCGUCAAGAACUAGCAAAAAUUCGCAAUGGUAUUCCUGAUUCACUAUUGAACCAAACACAAACAAUUAUGGCAUUUAGAUCACGUAUUCUUGACUUGGAAAAAGAAUCUGCUUAUCUCAAAACGCAAUCAAUACAAUUAGAAGCAACUGUAACACAAGGUACCAGUUCCGUCGCUAAGGAUCCCAUCACCUUUCAACAAUAUGAAAAAGAACAUGGUCGAGUACAAGAACGUCUCAAUAGAUUGGAAGAUAUUACCAAAAUGCAACUCCAUGAUAUCAAUAGGAUGCUUGUAGAAGCCAAUUAUCUCAAUGGUAUUAACAAUCAACCAUCUAACGACGAAGAUCAACCUGGCAUGUCUGAUGCUGAUUUGGAAGUGAUCAAGGAACAAAAUGCAAGUCUUCAAAUUCAUGUACUUCAUCUUCAUGAAGAAAUCAAUGAAACACAAGGAAAAAUACGAAAAGUUCGAGAUAUGAUCAAAUUAUAUGGACAAUUAUUACAAGAAAUGGCAGCUCGAUUUACAAUGGGUAGACAAUCAGAAGAACCAUCUACAUUAUUAUUAUCAAGAACACCACGUACAAAAGAAGAAGAACAAGAUUUGUUAAAGAAGCAAAUUCAUGAUGUACGACUUCAAUCACGGAAGGAACAACAACUUAUUAUAUCAGCAUGGUAUGAUCUGGCUCGUAGAAGUCAUCGAGAUAUGUCCAAUUUAUCCAUUAGAUCUACUCCUUCUUCGUGGCUUGGUAGACAAAGGAAAAUCUUAGAUAGUCAUUUACGUCAAAAAUUAUGUUGA